AUGAUCCCAAGGGAUAUAUCAGCCGGCUGCUUAGCCUCAAUCCAAAGCGUCCAGAAAUACAUAGCACGCUCGUCACGGAAUGAGGCUGCUGCAAGGGUUGUGAUUGACCUUAUUCUCUUUGACAUUCUCGGCCCGAUCAUGGAUGGCCACUGUGACAUUCCGGGCACCUGGCCCCUCCACAUCCAGAUGGAGACUAGCCUAGAGUCCAACAUGGUCACAAUGAAGGGAAAGGACCUACGGUUCCGCGGGACGAGCGACUAUACUCUAUGGUACGGCAAUGGUGAUGGGCCUGAAAAGGCAACCAACCUAAUUAUUCUAGAGGCAAAGGCUCAAAAACCUGGCUUGAGUGAUGAGCAAGCCCUAGGCUACAUGAGCUGCGUCCACCAAGAGAGACGGCUUAAGCCCGGCCGAAGCGCUAUCGUGUAUGGUGUCGUUACAGACGGCGAGGAAUGGCGUUUUUGCCGGAUUAAUGACGAAGGAAGAUAUUCCUGGGACGUGGAGUUUUUCGGGCAGCUAUCGGGUGACUUGAAGGGUAAGGAGACCGGUUUUGCAAAAAUUGCGACGCUCUUAGGCUUUAUUAUGGAGCAGGCCAUGAUUCUAUCGCCGUACACGACGAGGGUGCACUCUAAAUAG